AUGAGCGCCGAGGCGAACGAGCUACUCGAUGCCUUCAAGGCCGCAGCGCUCUCGGUGACAAAGCUUUAUAAGACUUCGGCCCAGGCGCAAACCAAAUCGCGCGCCGAUGGAUACCAUGACUGCCUAGAAGAUUUGCUGUCUUUUCUAGACAGGGAGAAUAUUGGCAUGCGGAAUGGGGAAGCGUACAGGGUCCGGAAAUGGGUCAUGGACCGCAUGGAGGGUCGAGAUUCAACAUCCCCACCGCUCGAGAGCGACGACGAAGCCGAUCGAUCGGAUACACCACAAGUUCUAUCUUCGCCGCACGUGCAGCGAGGUGUCCCCGCAGCAGCACAACGGGAGAGGGACAAGGAAGAGGUCCUGACGAGAGACGCCUCAGCACCGCCCGUUCUGGCAGCAGUGCCGAUUCCACCCAGGCCCGCGGUGGAGGAAGUCGACAUUAUCGUCCCCUCUCAAGACAACUUCAACUUCUCAACAACACAUCCUUAUCCCCACGACGAAGCCCUACGGCUUGCCAACCUCGAUCUCUCGGACCCCCAAACGAUCAGCCCUUCCAACGCUCGUGCCACAUCUCGCGGCGGGAGGAACAGAAACGGACGGACAGGGACCAGGACUGCGCUGGGAAGAGGGGCUGGACAAAAACGGAAAGUCAACCUGGCCGAGAUAUUUGAUCUGGGCAGCCUGGAGUACGGCAACGGCAGGGAUAUGUUUGGGGGCGGGGGCAAACGAAGCCGCUUUGCAUGA